AAAUUGCUUGCUUAUGACGUCAAUACGGGGACCCCCUAUCCAAUCAUAUAAAUACUGCUUGACUCGCCCGUUGUCGGUCCUUUCGUGCGUGGCACAUCCGGUAAGAUUUCUGAAGUUAAUUCUGAUCAAGCACCUGAAGCUCAACUUCACAAAGCAACAUGGGCAAGGAGAAGGUUCACAUCAACCUGGUGGUCAUUGGCCACGUAGACUCCGGCAAAUCUACCACCACUGGUCAUCUCAUCUACAAGUGCGGAGGUAUUGACAAGAGAACAAUCGAGAAGUAUGAGAAGGAAGCAAGUGAGAUGGGCAAAGGCUCCUUCAAAUAUGCCUGGGUGCUGGACAAGUUGAAGGCAGAGCGUGAACGUGGUAUCACCAUUGAUAUCGCUCUGUGGAAGUUUGAGACGACCAAGUAUUACUGCACUGUCAUUGAUGCCCCUGGACAUCGUGAUUUCAUCAAGAACAUGAUCACUGGAACCUCUCAGGCUGACUGUGCUGUCCUGAUUGUGGCAUCUUCCACUGGAGAGUUUGAGGCUGGCAUAUCCAAGAAUGGACAGACACGAGAGCAUGCUCUCUUGGCUUUCACUCUGGGCGUCAAGCAGCUGAUUGUGGGUGUGAACAAGAUCGACAACACUGAACCACCCUACAGUGAGGCACGGUUUAAUGAGAUCAAGAAAGAAGUGAGUGGCUACGUCAAGAAAGUUGGUUACAACCCCGCUUCAGUGGCAUUUGUACCCAUUUCUGGCUGGCAUGGUGACAACAUGGUGGAACCAUCUGGCAAGAUGCCUUGGUACAAGGGAUGGGAAAUACAAUCUGCUGACAAGAAAGCAGGCAAAGUGACCGGAAAGACGCUCUUGGAUGCUCUGGAUUCCAUUGCUCCACCAUCUCGGCCAGUUGAAAAGCCACUCCGUCUGCCCCUGCAAGAUGUGUACAAAAUUGGAGGUAUUGGCACUGUUCCCGUGGGUCGUGUGGAGACGGGCGUUCUUAAGCCAGGUGUGGUGGUGACCUUUGCCCCUGCCAACAUCACCACCGAAGUCAAGUCGGUGGAGAUGCACCACGAGUCUCUGACAGAAGCCCUUCCCGGAGACAACGUUGGCUUCAACGUUAAGAAUGUGUCUGUCAAGGAAAUCAAGCGUGGCAUGGUCGCAGGGGACAGCAAGAGCGAUCCUCCAAAGCAGGCUGAGAACUUCAAAGCCCAGGUGAUCAUCCUGAACCACCCUGGACAAAUCCACGCUGGCUACUCACCAGUGUUGGACUGCCACACUGCUCACAUUGCCUGCAAGUUUUCUGAGCUCCUGGAGAAGAUAGACCGACGUUCUGGCAAGAAGCUGGAAGAAAACCCCAAGAAUGUAAAGUCUGGUGAUGCAGCUAUCGUCAGUCUGAUCCCCUCCAAGCCCAUGUGCGUGGAGUCCUUCAGUGAAUAUCCACCACUGGGGCGGUUUGCUGUCCGUGACAUGAAGCAGACGGUUGCCGUGGGUGUCAUCAAGGAGGUCACCAAGAAGGAGACAACCGGAAAGACCACCAAGUCAGCCCAGAAGGCCCAGAAGAAGAAGUGAUGGCAGGUUCAUACACUCACUGCCUCCAGGCUCUCACUGAGGGCUUGCUUCAGGAAAGCAAAUCGUAACAUAAUCAAAAGCAAAGUCCUUAUUGGUGUUCACAAAAACAAAGUAGUGAAACAGUUGAUUAAAGUCGCAAAGCCCUUAAAGUCCACUAUUCAGAAAGAAAGCAGCAUCAACCACAGGAAGUUCUUUCGAAGGAAAAACAUGUUUUAGCCAGGGACUUCCAGAGUACAUGUACAUUAAUUUCACAAUUACUUGUGAUUGUAAAGCACUUGCUAAAAAGUACUGUAAGGUUCUUAUUCUGAUAUUCCUACACCCAUUAAACCAUGCAGAAGGUACAAUCAAGUACCUCACAUUUAUUUAAUAAAUAUUGGUUCUAACUUUCAGCCCAGUGGGAGAAAUUUUACAUUUUCACUUACUUUCACUAACAAUCAUGACUGCAUGCAUUGUUAAAACUUAAUAGAUGUAGUAAGAGAUGCAACAAACCAUUUCUGUUGCCGUUGUGUGAGUUGUGAGCUUAGAUGUCAUUCAAGCCUAGUUUGACAAAUUAAUGAGGAGAAUGUCAUUUAUUCUGAUAGGCCACCAAGAUUUGGCCUGUCCUUAAUGUGUGCUCACUGUGUUGUGUUGCUUGUACAGCAAAAGAAAGAAACGUAACUUCAAACUUGUUUUCUCUCUGAAACCAGAAUACGUUAUCUUAAUAAUUUUUUUUUAUUUUGUGGUGGAACAAAGAUUCCAAAAAUUGAAGAAAAAGCACAAGCAAAUUUCAGUUCAGGUGACCAGUCGAAAAAAUAAACAGAAAAAAAAUGAAACGUGAAA